GGGACACGUUCUUCGGCAUGCGGUCCAUGAUCGCCAACUCGGACUCCCUCAUCCUCGAGUUCUCGUCCACGCUGGCGCUCUCUCAAUACUGGCCCCUCUGCACGGAACUGGUCAGCGUCACGCCAACCAAGGCUGUGAUAUACCCCUCCAGGGACGCCGACGCCUGGACUCGAGCCAUGGACCAC